GGUCCAGCUGCGACCUGAUGUCUGCUAGCUCAGCUGCCUCUUGAUACAUCACAUGCAUACAACUUGCUGUCGGAGCGCGCCAGGAGAUGACUUGUGAGCACUGUAGGUUUAAUGUGCUGUGAACAAGCACCCGCAGAGCCCAUUCAGAGAGCCGCCCGCGUCAAGUCCGAAGAGGGAUCCGACCGAGUGCGUCUGUGCUGAUGAGUUCUUGCUGCGCUUCGAUCAUCGGCGCGCCUCUCUCUCACUCUCUCGCUCUCUCUCUCUCUCUCUCCCUCCCCCAGCCCCCGCAGGACCGCGGUGUUCCAACAGCCAAACAGACGUUUUGAGUUCAGUGCUGCUGGUGAUGUAACGCUUCUCAUCUCACAGCUCUACUCCACAAACUGUUACCACCGCAGCCUCCGCUUCCGAAGCAUGGGACCCUUCAAACUCUGAAGUGAGAGGCACGAGAGUCAAACCAGCGAGAGAAAGAGAAAAGGAGGGGGUUAAAAAACAAAACGACGAGAAGGGAACGAUGGAGUCCAUGUUGUCGGAACAGUCGGCCGCAGUUGACGAGCUGGUGGAAGCCUGCAUCCAGGCCUUCGAUGAGAGGGGCACUUUGAAGGAUGCUUCCUUGGUCCGCAUGUUCCUCAUGAUGCACCCAUGGUACAUCCCUUCAACCGACAUGGCUAAGAAGCUGGUGCUCAAAUCACAAGAAGAGAGCUGCACCGCUGAGCGUCGGAUGAGAAUAUGUCACCUUGUCAAGUACUGGAUCUCUGAGUUUCCAGCAGAGUUCAAUCUGAGCCCGGAGCUGGCGGACCAGAUCAAAGACUUUAAAGACCUCCUGACCACGGAGGGCAACGAGAGCCAGAGCCAGCUCAUUGACCUGGACAGCGUGCCGUCAUAUAAAUGGAAGCGGCAGGUGACUCAACGUGUCCCGUCGGUGUCCAAAAAGAGGAAAAUGUCCCUGCUGUUUGACCACCUUGAUUCCUGUGAACUGGCUGAGCACCUGACCUACCUGGAGUACAAAUCCUUCUGCAAGAUCCUGUUUCAGGACUACCACAGCUUUGUGAUGCACGGCUGCACAGUGGACAACCCCAUCCUGGAGCGUUUCAUCACCCUUUUCAACAGCGUCUCCCAGUGGAUCCAGCUCAUGGUGCUCAGCAAGCCCACCGCCCCGCAGAGAGCCGCCGUCAUCUCCCACUUCAUCAGAGUGGCACAGAAGCUGCUGCAGUUGCAGAACUUCAACACGCUGAUGGCUGUGGUGGGCGGCCUCAGCAACAGCUCCAUCUCUCGUCUCAAAGACACGCAGGCCCACAUCAGCACCGAGACCAACAAGGUUUUCAACAACCUCAUUGAACUGGUGACGUCGUGUGGGAACUACAGUCAAUACCGCAAGCGCUUCUCCGAGUGCUCGGGCUUCCGAUUCCCCAUCCUCGGCGUGCACCUGAAAGACCUGAUAGCCGUGCACGUGGCACUGAUGGACUGGGCUGACAAAGAGAAAACGCGGGUCAACCUGGCGAAGACCCAACAGCUGUACGCCAUCCUUCAAGAGCUGGCGCUGAUUCAGAUCACGCCGCCUCACGUCGACGCCAACACCGACCUGCUCAACCUGCUUACGGUGUCUCUGGACCAGUACCACACAGAGGAGGAGAUCUACCAGAUGUCUCUACAGAGAGAACCUCGCAAGCAGGCGGUGAGCAUCACUCCGAUGGACACUCAGAACUCCAGCCCCACCCCUGCACCCGACCCCAAGCCCAGCAUGAUCGACGAGUGGUCUGUGUCGGUGAAGCCCAACGCUGACCCGACCAUCAUCAAGAAGCACAUAGAGAAGAUGGUGGAGUCGGUCUUCAAGAACUUUGACUCUGACGGCGACGGCCACAUCUCCCAGGAUGAAUUUGAAGCGAUCAGGAACAACUUCCCAUACCUCAGCAAGUUUGGUGAACUGGACAAGAACCAAGACGGAAAGAUCAGCAAAGAGGAGAUGAUCGACUACUUUAUGAAAGCCAGCUCUCUGCUGAACUGCAAGAUGGGCUUCAUCCACACUUUUACGGAGGCUACCUACGUCAAGCCCACGUUCUGCGAGCACUGUGCCGGCUUUAUAUGGGGCUUCUACAAGCAAGGCUACAAGUGUAAAGCCUGCGGGGUGAACUGCCACAAGGCCUGCCGAAGCCGCCUGGCCGUGGAGUGCCGGAAGAGGACAAAGAGCAUAAGCCACGAGACGCCGCCGGCCCUCCAGGCCAGAUCCUACAGCUUCCCUCCACCUGCCAACACCCCACACAGCCUGCAGAACACAGUGAUUGCUGAAGAGGAUAUAGAGACACUGGAGGAAGGAGUGUUUGAUGUCCACCUAUAACCAGGUCACUGCAUAACUUGAUGCAAAUCAUCAACUGAAACAUAAAACGGUUUCUACCUAUGAAGGGCCUCAAAGCAUUCAAGAUCAGUUAGUUUGUCUUCAAUUUGAUUGAACACAACUGAAAUAAUAAAGGUCUGAAAACUAUAUUUUAAUACAGACAUAUAAGAUAAGAAUGGCUACCUUAAGGCCAGAUAUUAAUUUAUUAAUUGGGGCAUAUUUCCAUAUUUCCAAACCAAUAUAUUCAGAUUGCUGCUCUCUAACUGACACACAGAGACUGUUGGGCCCUGGUGAUCCAACCUCGUACGGGACACUGCCAUUACACACUUUUAUCACAGCGCUGAUGUAUCUCCACGUCGACUCUUUCAGCACUAUCCUGUCCUGCUGGAUCGUAAAAGUCACAAUUCUCACAGGGGCCUUGAACUUAAGUAGAUUUUGAUGAGCAGGCAAGUGACAGUCUCUCUAUUUUAGAAUCCCUUACAACGGUUGGCAUGCGAGAAGCGACUGUCAGACCGGAGCCAGACCCAGUGUGUGCUGCCGUCUGUCAGUUUUACAACCCUCCUCAGUGCUGAGCCUUUGCACUGAGCACAUGCCAGGACACCUAGGUGCUGCCCCCCAGUGGACACAUACUGCAAUGUGACGACCGAUGGAAAUGGAAUGUCUUUGUAUGAUUUAUAUGUCUGCAUUUUUAUUCUGUCUUUGGCCAAGAGCAAACUACAGUAUAUGUAAAAAAAGACAAAAAAACACCCCCAAAAAAAUCCACAACAUUUUAUUUUCUAGGGAACGUUAAAGUGAGUGGAGUUUAUAAUUUGAGUGCAAUUUGCCGCAAAUUGGAAUGUCUCUCUACUUUCUUUUCUUCUUCUUUACAACAUAAAAGAGGUGCUGUUAUUGCCAAGAAUGUAAACCUGCCCCCCAGACACCUGUCUUCUUUGUCUGAGAAGUGCUGCUUUGUGUUGUUUAUCAUCUUGUUUUGCAAUACAUUUCAGUGGACCAAUAAUAGGACCAAUUUUGACGUCAGAUGAAAUAUUGUUGAUUUGUGGUGCCCGUCUGAAGCAUGAUGACAAAAGCAACAAAGGAAGCGGCUGAAAUGAAUGUGUGGACAGCUAUAAUUAUGAUGGACUUUGAACAAUGGUAUAUAUUUUUUGUCAUGUUUACCUGAAUAUCAGUAACUGUCCUAUAGUUAUUUCUGUGGUGUUGUUUUCAGUAUUCAGUACUGUCUUGUACCAGUGCACUGAUCGAUGAUCCAUCCUCUUGCAGUAUAGUGAAUGUAGCACUAACUGUCAGAUGAAGACCUUGUUUCCCCAAUAAAGACUGCAUGAGAGCCGGAUGCUGGCUAACUUGCCACGAAUCCUCCGUCAGUUUUUGUUUGAGCCUCGGAGUUCUGAGAGCGUCAGUAAGAAUAACAAUAAUGAAACUUUUUUAUUUGACAGCAGUGUAUAAAUGUUAUAUUGUUUCCCUGAGAAUCUGUUUUAAUGCCAGUUGUGUUUUGCUGUUUCUAUCCUGCAUGCUUCUCCUUUCCUGGCUCUAUUCUCUAGCCAAACUGGAGCUUUUUUAUUUAGUAUUUGUUAAUGUAGAUUUUUUUUAUUUAGGAACAAAUAAAGUGUUGAGAUUCCAGACAGUUGUGCCUGUAGAGAGAUUAAUUCAGAUUUAGAGUGCCAUAUUGUUAAGUGCUGGUUUUGUUAUUGAAUGAGACUCCUCCGACGCUGGUAUUUAUGUUUCUGUAUGAAUAGCUUACAUUCGGUCCUUCUGUGUCACCGCCCGCCUGACGAAAGAUGUUUGUUGUCAUUCUGUGAAUGAAUCUUUCAGACUGAUGUCAUGCUACUCCUUGUUGUUCCCCAGUAUUAAAUGCCGCAGGCAUCACUCCUA